GGGUGAGACGUGGGAGCUAAGCCGCUGCUGUGGCCUAAGGCGGAGGUGAGGAGCUGUCCGUCCCAGGUCCUAGGCAAAGAAGGUGGGACUCCUGGGGCUGAGAGAGUGGCUUUCGUUCCAAACGUGACCUCUGAUCUGCCUCGUGGCUAGCCCCAUCUCUGACCCCGGACCUCUCGGACUGACCCCUGACCCCUGCCCCCGUCCCCGCCCCGGGGCACUGCUGGGUACCCCGCUGCCCCAAUCGGAACCCGAGCCGGGGCUGGAACCAUGUUCCCCGUGAAGGUGAAAGUGGAGAAAUCAGAGCUGGAGAUGUCCAAAGCCAGGAACCACUUGGAUGCUGUCUUGCAGUGUUUGCUGGAGAAAAGCGAUGUGGACCGGGAACAGCUGGACGAGGAGGCUGGGAAGACACCCUCCGAUGCUCACAGCAAGGACUGCUCCAUCACAUCAGCUGGCAAACGGCCAUCGGCCAGGUUCCCCCAUCACAGGAGGAAGAAGAGGAAGGAGAUGGAGGACGGACUGGCAGAGGGGGGACAGCAGAGACCCAACACUUACACCAUCAAGCUAUUUGACCGAAGUGUGGACCUGGCCCAGUUCAGUGAGAACACACCACUUUACCCCAUCUGCCGGGCAUGGAUGAGGAACUGCCCUUCUGUCCGGGAGCCAGAGCGUUCUCCCAGCCCCCCACCACCUCCCCGACCAGAGGAUGAGGAGGGGACCGAGGUCACCAACGGGAAGAGCCGAGAUGUAUACAAGCUGCCACCCCCCACAGCCCCCUGCCCUCCUGGUGAAGCCCCCAGCCCCAGAAUCCCCUCCCCACUUCAGCCAGAGGGCCAGGAGGCCUCUGAGGACGCACCCCCUGAGACAGUCCCAACCAUGUCCUCCCUCAUCUACCGCAAUAUGGAGCGUUGGAAACGCAUCAGGCAGAGGUGGAAGGAGGCUUCCCAUCGGAACCAGCUGCGUUACUCCGAGAGCAUGAAAAUUCUGCGUGAGAUGUAUGAGCGCCAGUGACCUCCCCCCAAUAAAAAUAUCGUCCACCCC